AUGCAGCAUUAUGCGACUACAGCCAUCUCUUUGCCAUUGAAAGACGUUCAAGUUCUUCCUGACAUUGGAGAUUCCUACAUUCGAGGUAUACCAAUUAAAUUCGGAGAUCCAGCUCAGCAUACAGUGAUUCUUCCUUGGGCUGAGCUGAACAAUGCCUGGCUUUAUGAUUAUGAUGCAUUGUGCGAUACCAGUAUGAUUUUCGACGACACCAUUUGUAGGGUCCGUCGUGGAAACUUUUUCCUCGAGAACGAAUGGACUAGUUGUGAAAAAGUAAGCAGUAUUGUGAUAGCGGGAGCGGCAACCAUCGAAACGGCAAGCCACAGUGCGGAAAGUGGCAUUGCAGUCCUCAUGACCACCAGCGGCGCAGGUUUAGACAUAUUUUCGCCGGGUUCUACCAAUCUGGUUAAAUUUCCGAUUGAGAUACCGAGAGAAGCCUGGGAUCAUGGAUAG